AUGUGGAGGCUGUCUCGCGCUGUAUUUAGAUCACCAUGCCACGCGCCGUAUCGGUUAUCGGAGCCGUUAACAGCCGCUGCUGGGGAGACAUGGACUCGCAUAACCGCUUCGGUUACUGACGCUCCUUUCAUCCUUCGUAACAUCAGGCUUGUAUCGAGCAGUCUACGUGAGUCCGCGUCCGCAUCACCAUCAGCGCCGAAGGCGUGCGUAACACCAUCAGAUACCGAUGCAGGGAAGCCUCCAGACGCUAGCAGCCAUGGCUGCAGCACCAGCACUCUCGAAGACGGCAGUGACACUGCCAGCGGCGUCAGACAAAGCAGCAGAGAUAGCACUGGCAUUAGAAGCUGCUGCAGCAGCAGCAGCAGCAGCAGCAGCAACAGAAGCAGCGGUGGAGAAGUGUUUGACGUGGCAAUCGUUGGCGGAGGUCUCAUUGGUGCUGCUGCAGCAUGUGCACUCUCAACCAGUCGAUUCACACGAGACCUCCGCAUCGCUCUUAUUGACGCUCUCCCUCUCAGCCAAGCACCACGACCUGCCUCCCACAGCAGCAGCACGCCUUCUGUUGGGGCAAUGCAAAGUUCAGCUCCUGAUGCGCGAGUGAUCGCCGUGAAUCCGUCAUCCAUCGACUUCCUCAAGCGUGUGGGCGUGUGGGAUGACAUUGCAUCUGACACAGUCCGUGCUGCUCCGUUCCAGCACAUGCAGGUGUGGGACUUUGCCGGGCCAGGAUUCAUUCGCUUCAAUGCAUCUGCGAGCCAUCUACCAUAUCUAGGGUACAUAGUAGAGAAUAAACUGAUCGUCAGCAGCCUUCUUCGGAGAAUACAGGACCAUACCUCCGUGUCCCUCAUUGCUCCAACGAAGCUCCAAACCAUCAACUGGCCAAGGCCUUAUGACUCCGCCAGUGUCACUCCCUAUUCAGUCACAUCAGAACCAGGGUCUCUCGGUCCUAAGGCCAGCAGCGGGAACAAGGAUGGUGGUGGGGAUGGGGAUGGCUUAGCAGAGAUCCACUUUGAAAGCUGCCCACCCAUUCGAGCAAGGCUUGUGAUUGGAGCCGAUGGUUCUCGAUCACGUGUCCGCUCCCUCGCACACCUCCGCACCAUCGGAUGGCCGUACCACCAGCGAGGAGUGAUCGCGACCGUCGAUCUCGCUUCCCCCAGCAUCACAGCCUGGCAGCGGUUCCUCCCUUCAGGCCCUCUCGCCCUCCUCCCGCUGGGGGAUCACUUCAGUAAUGUCGUGUGGUCGACCACCGAAGAACACGCCCUUAAGCUACAAUCCAUGAGCCCUGAGGAAUUCGCAUAUGCAGUUAAUGAGGCGUUCAGUAAAGAGUUUCCAGCACAUGGGCUCUCUCAAGGGGGUUUAAAGCUGCCUUCUGUGCUUCCCUCUGCUGCUUCUGUUGCUGGUGCUGGUGCUGCUGCCGCCGCUGCUGCUGCCGCUGCUGCUGCAGCUGCGGGAGCUGUUUCUGCUGCUGGUGCAGCAGCAGCAGGGAACUCACUUACUUCUGCUAUUGCAUCUGCAUUCUCCCUACAAUCAUUCUUGAGACAAUCUCCCUCUAAUCCCCUCUACAGUUUUAGUGAUACGGACAAGUUUAGUAUGCCUCCGGAAGUUUUAUCGGCUCGAAGCAAGGUUCUUUCGUUCCCGUUGUCGCUACAGCAUGCCGGCUCUUAUGUUGCACCGAGAUGUGCUCUUGUGGGGGAUGCAGCACACACGGUGCAUCCUCUGGCAGGACAGGGAGCCAACCUGGGAUUCGGGGAUGUUGCGGCACUUGUAACAGUGCUGGAAAAACUGGUGGAAGUUGGAGAGGACAUUGGAGAGGAGGCUGUUGUGAAGAAGCGGAAGGUGAUGGUGGCACUUGAUGGCAGCGAGUUUAGCCGCCAGGCGUUCGACUUCGCCGUCGCAAAGAUCUUCCGACCGGAGAAGGACCUGGUGGUGCUGUUCAACGUCCGAGCUGCUAGCGGCGAUGCUGGCGCUGAGAACCCUAUUCUGGAGGAGUAUAAGAAGCUGGCGGAGGAGAAAGAAGCACCAAAGGUGUUCCCGCGCAUCGGAACCCGCGACCCCUACAAGCGCCUCGGGCUCGGCCGCGACGCGUCGACGGAGGAGAUAACAGAGGCGAAGAACUACCUGGUGGAGGAGUACAAGGGCCACGAGCGGAGCCGCGAAGCCAUCGAGGAGGCGUUCGACAAAAUUAUCGCGGAGAAAUUCAGAGAGCGACGGAAGUCCAAGAUCAACCUGAAGGCGGAUCUCAAGAAGAAGGUGGCGGAGGCACCGCCCUGGAUCCAGGCGCUCAUCGACAUGGUGGAUGUGCCCAAGCCGGCGGUGAUUGCGCAGCGUGGAGUGCUCUUUGCUCUCAUCGCCGUCUGGAGUAUCAUGAACCCCGCCGAGGGUGGCCCAGCCUUCCAGGUUGCGGUGGCUCUGGGUCUCUCAGUGUACCUCAUCAACGAGCGGCUCAAGAGCAUUACCAGAGCACUCAUUAUCGGGUUCGCCACGCUCGUGGUUGGCUGGAUCACCGGCUCUUUCCUUGUGCCGUUCAUCCCGGAGGGUAUUUUCCCUGGCUUCUGGAGUCUUGAGCUCGGCACUUCCCUUGUCACCUACGUCUUCCUCUGGUUCUCCACCACCUUCCUCAAGUGA